AUGGAUUCGAAUGCGAAGUUCACCACUGUAUUUGUGCUACUGACAAUCACACUGUAUGGAGGUCUAUCCUUUGCUGUAUGGAAUCUACAUACCCAAAGUGUGACCGAGAAUCAGAACCAAAACACUGAGUUGCAAACUUUAAAGUAUGAGAAUGAGAAUCACAUUUCUGAAUUGCAAAGUCUAAAAUCUGCGAAUGAAAACCUACAGAACCAAAUCACUAAACUGCAAGAUAUUGUUCAAGCUAUAAAUCCAAAUCUCCACUCGAGUGAUGAAACAAUUAAGAGACUUACUCGACAAUCUGGCUCCUCUCAAAGUUCUACUGAUGAUGCUGCUUUGGCAGAACUAAUUGAAAAGAAACUCUACACUAUAAUGGACUGUGCUAGAGAUGGCGCUAAUAAUUUAACUAACUGUUCGCUCAAGCCAGGCCCAAAGGGGGACAAAGGAUGCCUGGGUGAUGAAGAAAGGGGAGGAGGGUCCAAAGGUCCUGUUGGCAAUCCCGGCCAAGGACAACGAGGGGUUAAAGGAGAUAUGGGUCCACCAGGUAGAGCGGGGGUUAAAGGCGAGCAAGGUUCGAAAGGACAGUCUGGACAGCCGGGUAUAAAGGGGAUUAAAGGCUUUGUAGACUACAACGAACGAAAGAAAGAGAAAGGAAUGACGGGGGAACGAGGUCCACCAGGACCUAUUCCCAUUAUUCCCUCUGAGGCGUGUGGUGGUCUUGGUUGGAGGAAGGUGACAUUCAUUGAUACGACUGAUACUAGCCAAAACUGCCCUCAAGGACUAACACUGACUGACUACUCAAAACGAUCAUGUGGUCGAACACAUACGAAUAGAUACGCUUGUUCAUCAGUCACCUUUCCUGUUGGUGGGGGUCAAUACAGUCGAGUGUGUGGGAGAGCUAAGGCUUAUCACUAUGGGUACCUGUAUUCCUUUCUUGGGUAUAACCGUGACUCACGUGGUAUCAAUGCACAGUACGUUGAUGGACUAAGCUUCACUCAUGGAACACCCAGGACACACAUUUGGACAUUUGCAGCUGGCGCCAAUCAGGGUGAUACUAGAGAUAGAUAUUAUAACUGUCCUUGUAACCAAGGCAACACCAUCGGCUCUCCUCCUUUUGUUGAUAAUGACUAUUUCUGUGAGAGUGGCGUAAGAACUCUUUCUGAACGUGGAUAUAACAUAUUUUACCCUGAUGAUCCACUCUGGGAUGGUCAGGGGUGUAUCCACGGCAACCCGUGCUGCUUGUUGAACAGCCCACCGUGGUUUAACCAAACACUACCAACCCCCACAACUGAUGAUAUUGAAAUGAGACUAUGCAUGGCUAAUGGUGCAUCUAUUGCUAACAUUGCUCUUGAACAUAUGGAACUAUACGUCUACUGAUGAACUAGAGAUACUGAACAUUGAUCUGAUAUUACUAAAUCUUUGUGAAUGUGCUGAAAUUUUGACAAUUUAAUAGUCUUUUAACUGUUGCGAUCAUGAUUGUGAAGUA